AUGGCGAUUCUGAACCCUACCAUCGAGCAAGUGAGGGCGUCCAUCGACGAGGCGCUACAGUCUGCAAAUGCAUCAUUGCGCACUUUCAACCAAAAGAUAUGGUCUAACCCUGAAACUGCAUACGAGGAACGUAGGGCACAUGACACAAUUUGCGAUUUCCUAGAAGAAAAGGGCUUCGCGGUCACUCGCCACGCGUUCGGUCUCAAUACCUCCUUUGAAGCAAAGAGCGGCUCGGGUGGCCGUCUGAUCAACUUCAACGCCGAGUACGAUGCAUUGCCCGAGAUCGGCCAUGCCUGUGGCCAUAACCUCAUAACCACCAGCAGCGUGGCAGCAUUCUUGGCAUUGUCGACUGUUCUCAAGCAAUACAACAUGCCCGGUCGAACACAGCUGCUCGGGACCCCUGCUGAGGAGAACGGUGGCGGGAAGGCGAAACUCAUCGAUGCUGGUGCUUAUAAAGGAGUGGAUAUCUCGUUAAUGGCUCACGCAGGGCCAAGAGAACUCUUCCCCGGCGUCGUCUUGGAUGGAUGCGCCGGUGUUCUGAUGAACGCUCGAAAGGAGUUACAUUGCGAAUUCACAGGCGUGAGCGCCCAUGCCGGUGGCAAUCCAUGGGACGGCGUCAACGCCCUAGAUGCACUGGUGAGCGCCUACAACAACAUCGCCAUGUUGCGGCAGCAGAUGAUGCCUGACGAAAGAAUGCAUUGCGCCUUCCUUGAGACACCCAAAGUCGCCAAUGUUAUACCUGCCCAUACAAAGGCCUACUGGCAGGUCCGCAGCCCGACAUUAAAGGGGCUGAAUUCGUUGAUGUCCAGAGCGCGCAGGUGCGUCGAGGCUGGAGCUGCAGCAUCGGGAUGUGACGUGAAAAUCACCGAGAAAGAGCUGUAUGCCGACAUCAAGCUGAAUGACACACUCUGCGCCUUGUACCAGACGCACAUGGCCACCUACGGACGAAAUGUCCUCAAGAGGCAUGAGAAGAUCCUCACAGGCUCGUCUGACAUCGGUAUGCGCGAUUUGUAUCUGUUAGAACAAACGGCAGCUAAUAAGCUAUCAGGAAACGUCAGCUACAUCAUGCCCACACUCCACGCUAUAUUUGCCAUCCCAGCAACGAAUGGAUCGUUCCUUCACCAUCCGUCGUUUGCCUCGGCUGCAGGGACAGACGAAGCUCACGAAGAGGCGCUGGUGGUGGGCAAGACCCUCGGGUUGGUUGGCUGGGAAAUGCUCACAAAUGAUGAGCUGUUCGAGCAGUCCAAAAGCCAAUGGCAGAAAUGCGUGAAUGAAUAG